UUCGUUUUUUUACCCGCUUUUUCUUUUUUAUUCAUUUAUACGUCAUGGUCUCCAUGGUCCAAACUGUUGCUACUCAACCUUUUGAAGGUCAAAAGCCCGGUACAUCUGGCUUGAGAAAAAGGGUCAAGAUCUUUCAGCAGCCCAACUACACCGAGAACUUUGUUCAGUCCAUUCUGAAUGCCAUUCCCGCAAAGGGCGCCACUCUCGUGGUCGGUGGUGAUGGCCGUUACUACCUCGAUGAAACACUUCAAGUCAUUGUAAAAUUGAGUGCUGGUGCUGGUGUAUCCAAACUUGUUGUCGGUCAAAACGGUAUCUUGUCGACGCCCGCUGUGUCGAACCUUAUCCGCAAGAUCGGUGCCACCGGAGGUAUUCUUCUCACGGCCUCGCAUAAUCCUGGAGGACCUGACAAUGACUUUGGUAUCAAGUACAACAUCUCAAAUGGUGGCCCUGCACCGGAAAACGUCACCAAUGAGAUAUACGAAAUCUCAAAGACUAUCUCGGAACUCAAGAUGGUUGAUGCUCCCAAGAUCGAUUUCUCGGUGUUGGGGAAGCAAACUGUUGGGGACCUUGAGAUCGAAGUGAUCGAUAGCGUCAAUGACUAUGUCGAGCUUAUGAAGGAUAUCUUUGAUUUCGAUGCGAUCAAGUCCUUUUUCGCAAACAAUCCUGAUUUCAAGAUGCUUUUUGAUGGCAUGAACGGAGUGACUGGACCCUACGGCCAGCGUCUGUUUGUUAAUGAGCUCGGACUACCGGAAUCGAGCGUCAUGCGAUGCACGCCACUCCCGGACUUUGGUGGCGGACACCCGGAUCCUAACUUGACUUAUGCGCAUGACCUUGUUGAACGCGUCAACAAGGAAGGCUACGACUUUGGCGCCGCUUCCGACGGUGACGGUGACCGUAACAUGGUUAUUGGCAAAGACGCAUUUGUCACUCCAAGCGACAGUGUUGCCAUCAUUGCUCACUACGCCCGUGACGCUAUCCCCUAUUUCCGAAAGACCGGUGUGAAGGGCCUGGCUCGUAGCAUGCCUACCUCGCAAGCUUUGGAUCUUGUAGCCAAGAAGCAAGGAUUGGAGUACUUUGAAGUGCCUACGGGUUGGAAGUUCUUUGGUAACUUGAUGGACGCUGGUCGUUGCUCUGUUUGUGGUGAAGAGUCGUUUGGUACCGGCUCAGAUCAUAUCCGUGAAAAGGAUGGCUUAUGGGCUAUCAUUGCAUGGCUGAACAUCCUGGCUUACGUCAACGGUACGAAACCAGGCUCUGGUGUUAAAGAUGUCCUUCAACUUCACUACCAGACCUACGGACGUAACUUCUUCUCCAGAUACGAUUAUGAAGAGGUUGAUGGAAAGGGUGCAGAUGAGAUGGUGGAACGCCUGCGUAGCAUGAUCGAAAGCAAGGAGCUCAUUGGCAAGCAGCUCGGAGCUUUCACUGUGGCUGAAGCUGACGAUUUCACCUACAACGAUCCAAUUGAUGGCAGCAUUUCAAAGAAGCAAGGCAUUCGUGUCAUCUUUGAAGAUGGCUCGCGUAUCGUGAUCCGUCUCUCUGGCACAGGCUCUUCUGGUGCUACUGUACGACUCUAUGUCGAAAAAUACUCGAGCGAUGCCUCUGAAUAUACCGCAGACACCCAAAAGGCGCUCAAGUCACUCAUUGACGUUGCCUUGAACCUUUCCGAGCUUACCAAGUACACGGGUCGCUCUGAACCCACUGUCAUUACUUAGAUAUUACAUAUAGCAUAAUCACCACCACCACACAUAUUACCGAUUCCUAACAUCUUUUUUAUCGUCCUUCCUAUCUAACACACUCGCAUGCAUGCACAAUUGUCUACUAUAUUUUUUUCAAAUAUAAACGUGGAUUUUCAAACCUUAUUUUGAAUAU